CGUAAAAACGGAAAUUUUUUUCUCGCGGAUCGGAUUAGUUGCCACUUUACGUGAUUAGUACGGCGAUUAUGUCGCAUUGUUGUAUUUUUCCACCGAUCUGGGCUGUGUCAACCAGAUCGUACGGCGAUUUAACCGUCGAAUAUACAAAAAAGCCCAGUACAAUGCACGCCUCGUUAUGCACGCGCGCUCCUACAAUGAAAGCGCUUAAUCUUCUUUCUAAAUAAAACCCGCGGCACGCUCGAAAGGCGUUAUUUCGAUCGAUGCUCGCAGCGCGAUUAAUUAAUAAGCCAUUUCUCCUCCCCCUUUUUUCCCUUCUUUUUUUUAACAAAUCAUCGCUACGCGCGCUUACUUUGCGUAUCUGCAUGUGACUUUAAUUCGACUCAUUGCGGAUAAUUUCGCGCGUAAUUCCGAUCGAGUUUCCAUUGUGAUAAUUACUCGAUGGCCGUGUCGAAAACGAGCCGGAAAUUAGUAUUUAUAAAUAAAUACGCGCGUGUCGCAAAGGCGACGAUAACGUUGCGAGCGUUAUAUUUAAUUCUUUUGGCGUUAGAGAGCGCACGAUUGUACCGGUUCGAAGGAAAGGAAAGAGAAUAUUCUCGGCGAAUAUAAACGCAAACGCUCGCGCGCGUCGCGAUUUGAAUCGCGCGAUGCAUCCACGAUUACAUUAAAUCGCGUAAAGCCGGCGUUGCGUUACGCGGAAUGCGUAGCGCAUAUUUACAGCGAAAUGUUCAACAUUGCGUGCAGAACCAAUAUUAAUUUAAGCUUUGCCCGGAACCAAUGACGUAACGUUUGUGUCCGCUACGCGUGCAUUAAUAACCGUGCGUUAAUAUUUCGUCAAAUUUCAAAUUGAAAUUUUCAAAUUGGAUGUAUCAGAUCGAGUCGUUUGACGGAGCGCAAAAAGAUUCGCGCGUUUCAUCUUUGAAAAGACCGAAACGAAGGGAGAAAGAGGGAUAAAAAAAAAGGAAGGAAAAAGGAGGAUAUUGAGUAAGUUUGUUACGGACCGAAAUGUCACGUCGUUAAGAUUCAAGGGAAUGGAAGUGCGUAAUGUAUUCUCUUUUAAUUUCAACAGGGAGACGCGGUCUGGCGAUGCUCCUGUCAUGUGCAGGAUGCGAGAAACCGAUAAUGGAUCAGUACCUGCUGAACGUUUUGGACCGUGCAUGGCACGUCGAGUGCGUGCGCUGUUUCGACUGCAGAACCGCGUUGCAGGACAAGUGCUUCUCCAGGGAGGCGAAGCUCUUCUGCAGAAACGACUUCUUCAGGCGAUACGGCACCAAGUGCGGCGGUUGCCUUCAAGGGAUAAAUCCACAGGACCUUGUGAGGAAGGCAAGGGACAAGGUUUUCCACCUGAAUUGCUUCACCUGCCUGGUAUGUCGGAAGCAGAUGAGCACCGGCGAGGAGCUCUAUGUCCUGGACGACAACAAGUUCGUUUGCAAGCAGGACUACCUGUCGGGCAAACCGCUGCCGGACACGCAUCACGUGCACGGUCAUCACGAACCGUCCAACCUGUCGGCAGGCGGAGACUCGCUGAUGGGCUCGGGAUCGGAAGACGAGGACGAGGACGGUAGUGCCCACCAUCAUCAUCACGAUCCGGCCGUUCGAGGCACUCAUCUCGGGCCUCACAACAUUGGUCCGGGUGGUCCCGGCGACCAAACCGUCGGCCACGGUGGCGAACUACCUCUCGGUGGCGAUCCCUGCAAGCAGGAGGAUUCCGAGGAUCAAGGUUCCCUGGACGGCGAUCCCGAGACGAGGGACAGCCAGACGGAGAACAAGAGCCCGGAUGGCGGCGCCGGCGGUGGCAGCGGCGACGGCGGCGCGGGUUCGAAGCGACGCGGCCCACGGACCACUAUAAAAGCGAAACAAUUGGAGAUCCUGAAGACGGCCUUCUCGUCGACCCCGAAGCCUACCAGGCACAUCAGGGAACAGUUGGCGAAAGAGACCGGCUUGCCCAUGAGAGUCAUACAGGUCUGGUUCCAGAACAAGAGGAGCAAGGAGCGCAGGCUGAAACAACUGACGUCGAUGGGCAGGAACCCCUUCUUCGGGGGCUCGCGCAAGAUGCGCGGGUUUCCGCUGAACCUGAACCCGGGCGCUCUCGGCGGCGAGGACGGACCGCCGCCCGGUUUCCCAUACUUUCCGGAGAAAUUUGAAUUCGGCUACGGCGGCCCGGUCUUCCAUCACGAGUUCUUCGGCGCUCAUCCGCCCCCGCAUCCACACGGACCGCACUUUGCCGGUACGGGAAAUCCAGUACGUAAUCUGUUUCUGACAGGCCUGGACCCGGCCAGUUUAGCGGGCAUGGCAGCCGCAGUGGCGGUGGCAGGGGAAUAUCCACCUCCAGGCGCGGGGGGCGGCCCUCCGGAAUUUCUCACGGGGCCCCCCGGGCAGGGGCCCCCUGCGCCCACCGGCGGCAGCCCCGGAGAGUUCCUGGCACCUUCAGGUGGAGGGCAGGGUAAUCCGAGCGGCGGUGGCGGCGGGAACGGCGGCGGUCCGGGCGGCGGCGGCGGCGGCGGUGGUGGCGGGGUUGCGGGCGGCGGAUUCCUGGAACCGCACCAGAUGCAGAGCGAAGGGCUCGCCUGGUAGUACGAGUUUUAAUUAACGUCCCUUAUGAUAAUAACAAUUCCGCCCGCGCGCCUAGAACCGAACAAGAUCGCGAGAGCGAGGCGCCGCCGAAGAAACGAGGGGGCGAGGAACGAUGGCGAUGACGGGGACGGCGGCGACGGCGGUGGCG